AUGGGCCAAAAAAGUAGUAAAGUGCAUAUAACCAAAACAGAUAGGGCGAUCCUAGAAGUAAAACGAUCUAAAGAUGAAAUUCAUAAGUUUACGAGGAGGACAGAUAAUUUGAUUUUGGUAGAGAAGAGUCAACUAAAAGACCUAAUACGAAAAAAUCCUGAAAAUUAUAAAUCUAACAUGAAGGUACGAUUUCUACUAAAAAGAAUUCAUUAUCAGGAGCAUUUGUUGCAGCAGGCUUCGGAUCAGCUUAUUAAUUUGGAAAAUAUGGUGUCAACACUUGAGUUCAAAAUGGUAGAAAAGCAAUUUAUUAAUGGACUGAAAAAUGGAAAUGAAAUCUUGAAAAAACUAAACAAGGAAUUUAGCAAUGUUGAUGAACUGAUGGACGAUGUACAAGAUCAAAUUGCGUAUCAAAAUGAAAUUAACGAGACAUUAUCUAGAAGCUUAGUCGGAACAAGCAAUUAUGAAGACGAUCUAGAUAAGGAAUUGGAUGCUCUAGAAAGUGAACUCAAUCCAGAGAAGAUGAAUAACGCAAAAGUAGCUAACAUGCCAUCAACAGAAGGUUUGCCAUCAUUGCCUCAAGGAGAACAAACCGAGCAAAAAGAAAGAGAGGAAUUCGCGACGGAGGAGAGAUCAGACACUAAGGAACCUUUAGCAUUACUAUCCUGA